AGCAGAGAUCCAAGAGCAAGCUGUGCUGAUAUCUUAUGCAACAACCUAAAUUCCACAGCGGAUGAGGUCACCUAUAGAUGCCGUAUAAAUGGAGCCAGGCUUCAGGUGCCUCUGAACCAUUUAUCCGCAUCGAUGCCCUCUGCUCCAGACAUGGCCGUCUCAGUGCUUCGGCUGACAGCUUUUCUGGGACUGCUUAUCCUAACCCUGACCUGCCAGGCGGAUGUCAAGCCCGAUGUCAAGCCCAGUGACUCGGGCAAGAACCCAGAGCCAGAGUUCCCCAAAUUCCUCAACCUCUUGGGCUCGGAGAUCAUUGAGAACGCGGUGGAGUUCAUUCUGCGCUCCGUGACAAGGACCUCAGGAUUUGUGGAACUUGAUGAUAAACGAGGAGAACAUGCAGCAAAGUGACUUCCCCAGGACACACCUACAGGGCUCCAGAGUAAGCCAAGGGCAGCCAAAUCCUGCUUUUCCGGUUCUUCUGUUUUACCAGUUCUCCAGCACAGAGGCCUCUCAAAUCAGCUCCCAGCAAGUUCUUAGAAUCAAUGAGCUCCUUAGCAAGUUCAGGCCCUGGCUUCAACCAAACACAGCUUGUUUUGAACAUCCUGACUGCAUUGCUGCUUCUACAAGUCAGAAUCAAUGUGUCUCCUUUGCGGUCACAUAGCCUAGUUCAUUACGAAGAUUUUUGUUAAUGGGAGUAAACUUUCCUGAGUAUGUUUAAGGUUUUUAAUGAUGCAAAAAUAUGAAACUUAUAAAAAUUAUUAUUAUCCAGAAUAAUGGAAGGACAUUUCAAGCUAAGAGAACCCAAAUUCAGGUAACAUGACAAGUCCAAAGUCACAGAACCAGUAAAUGGCAGAAAGAGGACUUGAACCUGACUCCAAAGAACAAGCUCUGAACCCCUAAAAAUGUACGAAGUUUCAGAGUUGAAAGUUUCUAAAAUCCUUUGUGGAAAAGUCUUUCAAAAAAUCUGAGCCCACUCUCUUGGGCUAGUAAAUUGAAAAUUGACCUUUUCUUUCUUUCUUUCUUUCUUUUUCUUUCUUUCUUUCUUUCUUUCUUUCUUUCUUUCUUUCUUUCUUUCUUUCUUUCUUCCUUCCUUCCUUCUUCCUUCCUUCCUGUCUUUCUU